AUGGGCGCCCCUCAGAGGGCGCUGCUGGCGGCCGCAGUCGCGGCUGUCUACGCGUUUACGGCGGCAUUUCCAGUGGCGGAGGCGAGGCUAGAGCGCAGGCCAACUGGUGGGAAGCAUUUGCCGGUGCCUCUCCGGUCGGACGCCCCGAGGCUGCACAGCGCCUUCUUCGCGAGGGACCCGCUCAAGCUGCCGCAGAACGUCACCCCGCCCUCGGGCGCAGACGCGCACCUCCCGGAACGCGCUAUAUUCGGGCCCCUGUCGAACGAUGUCGUCAAGAAGGCCGCGGUGGUGACGGGCACCGUGGCGCUGACCACGGCGCUCGGCUACGCGUACGUCAGGCGGGUGCUGUGGCACCACCUGUACGGCAAGUACAUCCGCGAGGAUGCACCCGGGAUCGCUGACGCCCUGGGGCACGUGCUGUACACGAAGGACGACCCCGGCAGGGUCGCGUUGCGGAGGCGGAGCCUGUUCGACGUGCUGGCGGCGCUGCUGUUGGCGCCCCUGGAGAGGUGCCCGUGGAUCAGGGGGCUGCUGAAAACCAACAUCAGGCGGAUCCCGAUAGGGGAGGCCAUCGAGGAGGGCUCGGUCACGGCGCUCUACUUCCACUCCAACAACGUCCACCGCAUGCUGCAGGACAAGGGGUACCGCGACUUCACCAAGAACCUGAAGCAGAUCCAGGAGACCAUGAAGGAGAGCGGCCGCAAGUUCCAGGUGGUGUACGUCAACGUGGACAGGAAGCAGGUGGACGGCGUGGACCACUUCCGCGACAUGCCCUGGUACGCCCUGCCCUUCGACGACAAGGAGCGCGUGGCGCACCUGUGCCAGCUCUACGACAUCACGGGGAUCCCGAGCGUGGUCCUGCUGAACUCGGACGGCAGCGUCAUCAACGACCGCGCGCUGUACCUCAUGGCGAACAAGCCCAACAACUUCCCCUGGAAGGUGGAGAGCCCGCUCGACCUCAUCCCCGACACGCUGGUCAACGGCAACAACCAGGCGGUGCCGAAGGCGAGCCUGGAGGGCAAGAUCGUGGCGCUGUACUUCGGGGCGGGCUGGACGCGCUCGAGCAAGGAGUUCAGCGAGAAGCUCCAGGAGUUCCACAGGGCGGUGGGCGAGAAGACGGACGGCAAGUUCGAGGUGGUCUACGUCUCGAACGACAAGAACCAGGCCGACUUCGAGAAGGAGCUCUUCGACCACAACGGCAACUGGCUGGCGGUGCCCUUCGAGGACGCCGACUCCAGGCUCAUACUGCAGCAGUACCUCAAGGUGCCCAUGGUGCCGGCGGUGGUGCUGCUCGACCCCAGCGGCAACGUCAUCACGGCCGACGGGCGCUUCUACGUGGAGGCGGACCGAGCCGCCAACGCGCUGCCGUACGCCUCGUACCUGAACAGGCACGGGCAGCAGCUGGUGGAGGACGUGGCUGUGAACGUCGACGCGUUCGCGCACCAGCCGGUGGUCAUAGUGUUCGCCGACGACGUCGACCCCGCCACGCAGCAGGUCGUCGAAUCGCAGCUGGCGGAGGCCGCCAUGCAACACGCGAACCACCGCAAGGGCAGGCAGAUGAAGUUCUUCAUCUCGAAAACGGCCGACAAGCGCAGCGGCGCUGUCCGCUCAAUCUGCGGCGUCGACAAGAACGCCAAGCCGCAGGCCGUGGUCCUGGACCUGCUGGCGCAGAAGGUCUACUACGACCCCAAGCUCACCAACGUCGACCAGAACUCCCUUCUCGCCCUUGUGGACGACUUCUACAACAACAGGCUCAGGAAGCGCGCGGUCACCAUACGCUGA